CCCACCGCGAAAUGCAGGACCAUCUUCUCCCAGCGGCGGUGAAAUAACCAGAAAGCGAUUCAUACAUCUGUUUUAUGCGCUUUUGAGGGAUUAUAUCAGCAUUUUUGACUCCUCGAACAUUUUCUUUUCGCCUCAUUUCGUGUUUCGGCUUGUUUUAAAGGAUGUCUGUGGCGGGGUUUAAGAAGCAGCUGCACAAAGCGAGUCAGUUAUUAAGUGAGAAGAUCAGUGGUGUGGAAGGGACCAAACUCGAUGAAGACUUCAUGGAAAUGGAGCGGAAAAUAGAAGUCACCAACAAGUCUGUUUUUGAACUCAUAACUAAAACCACAGAAUAUCUUCAACCAAACCCAGCAUCAAGAGCCAAACUGGGCAUGCUCAACACGGUGUCUAAAAUCCGUGGGCAGGUGAAGACGACGGGUUAUCCUCAGACUGAAGGGCUGUUAGGAGACUGUAUGCUGCGAUAUGGACGAGAGCUCGGGGAGGAGUCCGCUUUCGGCACCGCGCUGGCGGACAUUGGUGAAGCCAUGAAACAGAUGGCUGAAAUUAAAGACGCCCUCGAUAUCAGUGUAAAACAGAACUUCAUCGACCCACUUCAGAAUCUACAAGACAAAGACCUCAAAGAGAUUGUGCAUCAUCUGAAGAAGCUGGAGGGUCGACGGUUAGACUUUGACUACAAGAAGAAGCGUCAGGGCAAGAUUCCCGAUGAGGAGAUUAAACAGGCCGUGGAGAAGUUUGAGGAGUCCAAAGAGCUCGCCGAGAGGAGCAUGUUCAACUUUCUGGAGAAUGAUGUAGAGCAGGUGAGUCAGUUAUCAGCUCUGAUUGAGGCGGCGCUAGAAUACCAUCGACAGUCUCUGGAGAUCCUGAAGGAGCUCGACAGCAAACUACAGAACAGGAUAUCUACGGCAAGCCGUCGGCCCAAAAAAGAGUUCAAGCCAAAGUCAAUAGUGUCCAGUUUGGAGAGCGUGGAAAACACACAGCACAAUGGACUUUCACACACCUCAUCAAUCAAAUCCACAGAUAUCCAAGUCAACCACACUGUAAAUGGAAAAAUUGAUCAGUUCACACACACCUCAUCCAUGACUCAAUCGUGGCCUGAAAGCCCCAAUGGUAAUAGCAAACAGUUAGAGUCCCACAUGGACCAGCCAUGCUGUCGGUCGCUCUACGACUUCGAGCCGGAGAACGAGGGCGAGCUGGGCUUCAAAGAGGGAGACAUCAUCAUCCUCACCAACCAGAUCGAUGAGAACUGGUACGAAGGCAUGAUCAACGGCGAGUCGGGCUUCUUCCCCAUCAACUACGUAGAUGUGCUGGUGCCGCUUCCACAGUGAACCCAACAUCCACUUCACACAGCAUCCUCUGCUGCAUUCUCACCGAUGAAAGCCUUGCGUUUUACCACAGACAGUGUUCAGCUGUUGAUCUUCAGUAUUUAUUGAUCUCAUUUCCUUCACGGUGCCACAUACAGGUUUGUAGACUGCACUGCGUCAGUGUUUUUGCUUCGUUUAUUUCGGUAAAAUAAGAUCUAAACAUCUUUACAACAAAAUGCAUUUAUUAGAUGAUGCUAAUGCAUGCUAUAUCAAGUACAGCGGGGAAAAUAAGUAUUGAACUCGUCAUGCUUUUUCCUGGCAAUAAUAUUUCUAAAGAAGCUGUUGACGUGAAAUGGAAGAUUUUAGUAAAAAAUACAAACAUAAAAAUAAAACAAAACAAAAAAAUCUGAAAAAUGAUUUAUGUGUAGUAACAAUGAACUGACACAAAGAGAAAGUAUUGAACUACUGAAAUGUGUUUCAUACUUUAUAUAAAAAGCUGUUUUGGUGAUGGCAGCUUAAAGACGCUGCCAAUAAUAUUCUCUCAUAUGGAGAAUGAAGUCACAUGCAUUGCUCAGGUGUGAGUUUUUUAUAGACUUCAACAGAGUGUAAACAUCUUGAUGCUUCUGCUGGUUUCGUCUAUCAAAUCUGAUCUUUAUUUUGUAUUUUCUAUUGGAUUCAGAUCAGGUGAUUGGCUGGGCCAUUCUACAGCUUGAUUUUCUUUCUCUGAAAGCAUUUUCUGUGUUUUGGAUCCUUGUCUUGCUGAAAUGUCCACCCUGGUUUAAUCUUUAUCAUUCUGCUAAUGUAGACUGAAGCAGCUGAUAUUCAUUUACACUGAUGAAGGACAGAGUGUUGCUGAAGAUCUACUGAGAGAUUUCAGCUGCUGUCUGGGCUUUCACUGCCUUUCUACACCUCCCCUUUUUCAUGUGCUCAAUACUUUUUCCCUGCGUCAUUUAAUUUUAUUACACAAAACUUCAUUUGUAAAUUAAUUCGUUUUGUUUUCUUUGCAUAUAUGGAUUUCUUUGGUUGUUACCAACAUCUGGAGAUAAUUUCAAGUCAACGGCACCUUUAGAAAUAUGUUUUCUGAGAAAAAUGGUGACGUGUUCAAUACUUAAUUUUCCGCUGUAUUUGCAUUGAUGCAGUUGAAAUUUGAAGCAAAAGUUUAAUUCUUUUUCGAUUUUUUUUUUUUUAAACAUAAUAUUUUUAACUCAUUCCUAAUAAUUAAUUUCUUUUAAUUUCUUUUUUUUUUAAACAAAAUAAAUUUAUUUGAUGACAAUGCAUGCUAUUUGACAUAGAUAUUGACAUUGAUUUGGCAUUGAUACAGUUGAAAUUGGAAGCUAAAUGUUUAUUCUUUUUCAAAUCUUUUUUAAAGUGAGGUUAGCAUAUUUUAAACAAAAUUUGUAAUGACUAAUUUAUAAUUUAAUUAAGUUAAAUAAUGAACUUUUUUGUCUUUGCCAUGAUGACUGAGCAUCUUUACUCGUUAUUUUUGUAAUAUACUGGUAUUCAGAUCAAUUUUUUUUAGGUUAUUUAUGAUAAUUAGGUCAUUGUAUAACUGUGGUUUGUUCUCAAAAUAAAAAAGCAUUUCUUAAAGAGGCUAAUAAUAUUAUGUUUAAAACGGCUUUUAUUCCAGCCAAAUUAAGUGAAAUAUAAUUUUCUUCAGAAGAAAAAAUAUAAUCGUAAAUCCUAUUCAAAUUUCCUUUCUCAUAAAGAAUAUUUUUUUUUUACAUUAAAAAAA